UGCCAUUCUUGCGGAGGGAACAAAAAAUCGUGGGAAGCCGGACGGAGAAUGGGAGGGGCAGACGUCUUGGCGAGCAAAGAGCGGAGCGGAACAUGCACGGACCCGUUUGGGGAGCUUCGGCGAAGACAAUCGGCAAUCGGUGGACUUCAUCAACCUGCUGGCUCCCUGAGACUCGCACCAUCGUGUGUUUGCCAAAGUUGUUCAAUGCAAUAGCCUCGGGUACGGCAGCGCAUCGUCCUGACUUGCAACGGCGACGCGCCGUUGGCCUACUUUCCCUUGACACUCGAGUAAUGCAACCAGGCUGAGGCCGCCAUGUCGAAGGCAGGCAGUUCCACGACCCCGAUCGUGCAGAAGAUUUGCACUUUGUGGACUCACGAUGAGAGCCUUUCCCGUGAGGAGGCUGUCAUCAACAUCGACAAAUUCCCCGAACUUGGAAUCACUUCUGGGUCGCUCGUAAAGAUUAUCCCUCUGAAGCAGAGUACUUCAGUACGGGACUUUCAUGGCGACACGCGAUCUUCAUCCCGAGAGGGCAGCCGCCGGAUCAGGUUAGAUACGGCACAUAGGACCACCUCAACAGGCACCACUUCACGCAAAAACCGCACCGGCUCAGCAACCUUGACCUUUGACGAAAAUGGCCAUAGAACACAUGGCGCUCGGGAUGUGGACUCUCAAAAGACAUACAUCUUCGUUGCGAAGUCGUUGAGCCAAGAACUUCGCGCAAAAUACCCACAACUGCAGGUGUCUGUAUCAGACACCAUAUCCCGUGCAUUUGGCUUCCGAAAUCGCAUGCAAGUCGUCCUAUCUCCUGCGGAAGAUGAGGUCUACUCUGCAUCGCAUGUCGAAAUCAGCUUCCGUGACGAAUACCUCUCACGUGCCGACAUGUGGAGAUUUGCCAUUUCUGAGAUGAGUGGUAAAACAGUCUACAGAGGCCAGAAACUGCUUUUUAUGGGGACGAUUAAAGCAACAAUCAAAAAUGUCUUUGUUGAUGGCCAACCCACCCACUCGGGCUAUUUUUCGCCAGUCACAAAACCAAUAUUUCGUAGUGAAUCGGCUCGCUUUGUUCUGUUCAUCCAAAUGUCCAAGGAGAUGUGGAACUUUGACACGGAAGGUACGGGCGAGAUCAUGUUCAACAAAGUCAUCAAUGGCUUUUUACCGGACCUAUUCAAGAGGUGGAUGAGGCUUGAUGUGAAGCACCUCGUGACCAUCAUCCUAUUCACCAGAAUGCAUUACGACAGAAAUGUUUUACCCUUGGACAGUGAAGCGAACGGUGCACCGUUCGACGCUGACCCCGACAAUGACAGAAAGGGAACUAGAGACUUUUAUAAAGUUGUGGUUAGCGAGAUGGCAAGUUGCGACUGGAUCAACAUUCUCUAUCAGCUCAAGAAAGAGUUCCGUGCUUUUCUUCGCGAUGUAUGCAUCGUCCCUUAUCCGGAGACGAGGCACAAAUCGCCAGGUUUGGGGAUUGAUGAUGGCAACGAAGACCAUCCGGAGUAUGUCAUUGCUGGAACACCUACCACUGCGGUCAAAGGUAACAUCCUAGAGGCCAUCAAUCUUGCAGCCAUGCAAUAUUCCAAAGACUACAUUGACCGGGACCUUGUCAGGACGGGAAUAUCCGCUAUCAUCAUCACACCCGGGACUGGGCUUUUUGAAGUUGACUAUAGCAUGCUCAAGUUAACGACUGAGACGUUGCUUGGGAGUGGCAUAGGCAUUGAUCUUGUAUCAUUGCAGCCAAUGCCUUUGCACUCUGUUCCCCUGUUCAAAUACAGAAAUCCUCGCCUGGCCAGGGAUACGGAAUCCAAGCUACACAUGCCUCCCAAAGUGGAUGAGGAAACCGAAGAUUCAGACGUUGUUGAUCCCCUCGAUGAGAGCACUCCGCGCCAAAACUAUCCCAACUUUGGCCCUCUAAAGAACCCAAAACAGCGUAGUGUUGCCUCGCUAGCAGCAUCUCCGGCAAAGUAUCAAAGUCACCACCAUCAUCACCACCACCCCUUUGACACAGCGGAACCACAACCGGGAGAUUGGAGCUAUGCUAUGCCAUAUUGGUUGGACAUCUCGUUCUGGACCGGUACUGCGGACGAAAUCUUUGAAAUCACCAACAGCAAGAAAGGCGAUGGCUCACGUCCGAAAAUUCAAAGAAAGAAGAAGGGGUUCCAGUUGAGAUGCCGCAUGUACGAGCUUCAAAUGAUGGGAGUGAUGGAAAAUGAGAUGAGCAACAUAGCGUUGCCCUAUCUACAAGAGAGUCCGAUGUACCCUUGGUCUCUUUUGGCGUCACGGGAGGAUCCAAUGGUAGAGCCAUACCACAGCAAACAGCCUUUCCUUACUUCAGCCAAUGCGUCCCCAAAGAAUUUCCGAUCACAUGCUCCUCGGCCUCACGCACAUGAUACUGGCCAAACAUCACUCCAAAGAGCUUGGAUGGAUACUUAUGACGACCACGUCUUCAAACCCUUGCCCCAGAGGCAAAAGGCUGAAGGCGAAGCCCGGCAAAUUCGUCAACAAAAAGAGCUGGAAGCAAGAAGGGCACUGCGUACGAACCGAGCUCGCAAUGCGCCCAGUGACUCUCUGCUCUCUGCAUCUUUCAACAGCCACAUAGAAUCACUAGGUAGCUCGGCUAGGCCGCCUAAAUCUCCGCUGAUGCUGAGAACCAAAGACUCUACCGGCGACCUCCAGGAUACCUCAAAAGAUAGGCGUGGAACAGCCAUGAAGGCGCUCGGACAAAAACUCAGCGUCGGCUCGAGGCAUGCACCAGAGCAUAGACGAAGUCCUCCAGAUUUUGAACCAGAGGAACCACAUUUCAGAACAGGUACAUUCAGUCCGACCCAUACGUCUUACAACAAAGACGCUGCGGGAACCAGCCCAGAAGGCUUGCCACACACGACUGUCGAUCCCGACUCAUCUUUGAGCCCUCGAGCGAAGCCCUCAUCGAACCCGAAUCUUCUACAGCUACCGGAGACAGUUGACCGUGGCAGGUCAAAACAAGUAGAAGAAUCCACUAACCCGCGGUCUACAAACUCAAGUGCCACGCCGAAAGCCGGAAAAUGGCUGUCUAGGCAUAUCAGUUUCACGGCCUUCGGUUUCGGGCCUUCGAAGGCUGCGCCAAGUAUAGAAGUCUCAACAGGCAAGGUUGCUCCAGCUGCUCUGACUCGCAAGCCAUCUCAACACAGUGGCCUUUCGGUAACAUUAGACGAAGCGCAAAGUGCCAAGAGACCCUCUCAGCCAAUCGAAAUCCAAUCGAGGUCUAGGCAAUCGUCUAUACAUGAUGCAACACGUUCUAGUAUGCAUGUUGGAUCCGCAGGAACCCCGAAAGACAGGACCGAAGACAAAGGAAUAUCCACAUCGCACAACAAAGAUCCGGGAUCCCUUUUCCUUCUUGCUGGUUCAAGGGGGUUACUGGACCAAGUCGGACCGAAGAUAAACCUCUCAUCCAGUGGUGAUAGGCAAGAAAUCCCUCGUACUCUGUCGCCAACAAGUGCACUAGCACCCUGGAUGGUACUCGUUAAUCCAUGCAAUCCAAAGAAGAAUCAUCUCACCAUAGCCGAACAAUUUCGCCGCUGGCAUCAUGUUUUCCCGUAUCCAAUCAGGGCGACUUCCAUGAAAUGGAAAUCGCUUUGUUCUCCAGCAGCUGUACCGCUAACCAAUGAUUAUUUCCCGACAGCAGAGCAGCUCGCUACGGAGUACAAUGAAAACCCAUAUCGCAUUAUUCAAAACGAAGAUGACGAAAUGGCAGCUGCGCCGAAAAGCCGAGAGAAUCUCAUCAGAGAACUAAUAGCCUUUCGUCUCUCUCAUGGGUUCCAGAUUGUCGUCGGGCCCGCCGUAGCGGACGUGGUUGGGAAACCAGAACGCGAGCUUGCCAAUGUUUUUGCAAAAGACUUCAUGGCAAAGGAUGGGUCCUCGGUUUUUAUGUGCGUUGGUAAUACGAUCCAUCAGCUGGUAUGCGUCAGUGGGGGUGAGGUUGAAGUCAAGAGGUUCAACCGCAAACCUACAGCGACAUUGUCAUCGACAAGUAACGUACAGCCUCCGUUCAUCUACAAGCCGCUGAUCAGAACGGCCUUGGAUGAUGGCUACGCCAUCCAGGAAAUACCGCUAAAGCCUCGACGAGGAGAAUUCAACUGGAACUUUAUAGACAGCUACCUCGCUGGCUAUGAGCAGGACUUCUCAGAUACUCUCCGAUUCUGGCGGGCACGCUUCGUGCUCAUCCCAGUCGAUAUACCACCAAACCCGCGACGCCGUUUGGACAUGCUUCCUGAGGAUUCAGACGAAGAAAUUCGACUGGAAGGGAUACGAAAGCUUACGCAAGUUUGGCAAAGGUACCGCUAUGUACCUCCAGAAGAACGUCAAUUCGAGCCUACAACGCAAAGACGCAAGGACACUAACCCUCUUGCCAUCGAGUACCAGACACGGGAUCCAUCAGCAGUUAUUGCAGCGGGCCCGGAUGGCACACUUCUGGCAGAGGGAGCAGCAGAUGCUUACGCAUACCCGACAGGGCUGUUUGCAGAAACAACAGAGUCCUACUUGCGUUCCAAUUACGACUUGAAUAAGCUGGCACAAGACUUGCAAGGCGAGAAAGGCAUUCAGAUGACGGAUCGAAGAUGGCAUUUGCGUCUCCAUUUAAGCUGCUUCGUUGGCUUUGAUCUGACAACCUGGCUCAUAAAGAACUUCAAGGACGUCGAGACGCGCGAGCAAGCAGUGGAAUUAGGUAACGAGCUGAUGAGAAAGGGGUUGUUCCAGCACGUGCAGAAGAAGCAUCAUUUCCGUGAUGGUAACUUCUUCUACCACAUUGCAUCCGAGUACCGCCUGCCUCGCUCAAAUGCAUCCAGUAGCUGGAUGAAUUUUAGCGCUCGUCGUUCGGACAAGUCUGUCCCAUCCACGCCAGUGGUCGAGCCGACAAGGUCUGCCUCUAUCGCUUCGUCUCGUGGAAAGUCGCGUCCGAGCACUUCAGACUCCUCGACAGACUCGGGCGAGAAGACUCCUACGAAAUCGGGGUCUCCAAAGAAGAGGGCCUCUCUCAGCAACGUCAUGCGAAUUGACGUCGAUGUGCGCAAGAGGUCGUACAGACCUGAGAUUAUAAAUCUUCACUACGACCGGCUGCACAAUCCAGACAACUGCUACCACAUCCGCAUCGACUGGAUGAACGUGACCGCAAAGCUCAUCGAAGAUGCCAUCAACACUUGGGCGUCCAAUGUUGAAAAAUAUGGGCUUCGUCUCGUUGAGCUACCGAUCGCAGAAGCCUCAGACAUCGGUCACUCUCACCCAUUCCGAUCCCCUUACAUGGUCCGCCCUGUUGUGCCUCCUCCGAAGGCCCCGCCAGCUCAAGGCGCGCAGUUUUUCGACGGCACAUCAUUUGGUCCUUCAAAACAAGCAGAUAAAUUUGCUUAUCAUAAAGCAAUUCUGAAGAAGCUUGGCUUCGUGCUGGAUAUGGAAGCAGCUUCAUGUUUCCCGGCAGACGUAGAUGUGACGUAUUCCUGGGGCCGACCCGACUACCGUUACACCCAAUUCAUCCACAAAACCGGCGUUCUGCUUGCCCAAAUAACCCACGAAGGCGAGUUCUUGCUGCUCGCCAAUAGGCUUUGUAACAGUCGAGGUGCGUUCGGGGUUGGGUUGGCAAGGGAUUCAGUCAAGUUUGACAAAGCAACGACGGAAAGUAUGGGCGCAUGGGAGCGCGAGCAGCGGCGCGAACCGACCCCCAUAUACGGGCUUCACAACCCGACGCAAAACAUGCGGUCGCCGUUCGCGUCGCCGAUGUUUCGGCCGGUGCCGGACGCUGUUGUCAACGCAUCAUUGGUGUCGUCAGGGCCGGCGCCGACGUCGCAACCAGGAGGACACCAGCAGACUCGGAUCGGGACGGACCGAUCGUUCAAGACGGCAGAGCAGAUCAAGGACGAUAUGGAGGCGCUAUGCCUGGAUGAGCGGGCGUUGCGGCAGUUCUACGCCGAAGAGGCGGAACGCAGCAAAAAGGCCAGCCACAACGCCAGCCCGAGCCCGCGCUCAACGCCCGUGCUAGAGUCGAGCAUCCCGACUCUGGGCCUGCCGCCCAACAUGACGUUGACGGGCACGAGCCCCAGCCCGCUGGGCAUCUCGAGCGCGAGUCCCAGUCCGAGCUUGGGCGCAGCGUUGAUCCCGCCCCCGCAGCAGCAGCAGCAACAGCAGUCGCAGGGUGAAGAAGACAAGGGAGGUGCUGGUGAUGGUAGUAGUAGUAGCGAGGGUGGUGGAGAGGAGGAGGAGGAGGAGGGAGAAGGGGAAUGAGUGUAAAGUAGUAGGUAGGUACAUAGGUACAUACUCUAGUACAUAGGUUACCUAGGUAUACAGUACGUAUACGUCAAGGGGUCGGCGUCGGGCCGGACGGGUCGCGAAGCGUCUCGGCCAUAUGCAAUAGUAGGGCUGGGGUGGUAUAAGCUACAGCUCACGUCGGACUUACCGCCUGGGAGGAUGCGGGGACCGACAUGUGGCGGAUGGGUGCGUUGUUGGGCCACAAGGCGCAUGCACG